AAAUCAAAACAACAUUUUUGUUACUUUUUACAAAUAUUUAUACCAUUUAAUAUAUUAUUAUGUUGGCUACCAUUGCAUUAUGUUUACUUUCAGAACAAAUUGACCUCCAAACUUAACACAAGUUUCGAUAACUUUUUUAUAUAAAUAAAUAGACCUGGCUACUACUAAGUUAACUAAGAUACCCGAAUGACUUUAUUCAACUUUACCGAGUGUUGUCAUUUCCAUUGUGUUUACAGUCUACUAACACAUUUGAUGAAAACAAACAUCUACAAGAUUUACAAUCACAAGUACUUUAAAAUAUAAAACAAAUACAUUAAAUAUGGCAUCAAGUCGAAAAAUAAUAACAGUCAACAACUGUGCAGCUCUUAAGAAAGAGUUAAGUGGUUUGAAUUUGAAAGAUUCUAUCUAUAUUUUAUUUAGUGGAAGUCCUAAUAAUAAAGGUGAUAGCUGGUGCCCUGAUUGUGUAAAAGGUAACGCACAAUCUAUAUUUGCAUGUUAUAUAUAUAAUAUAAUAUAUAUAGGCUAAUAUAAUAAAGGCAAUAAAGGCAUACAGUAGCGUAGCUAGGUUUAGUACCUCCAAGGACGGAUCAAGAUCCCCCCAUGAAAACUCCUACUGAAGUUGGUCUUAAGUGCAGACUUCAUAUAAUAUCAUAUUUAAUUUAUAUUAUAUAAAGAAAAAAAAAAGAACUCCCAGCACCCCCUUCCAAUGCUACUAUAUUUAUGUGUGUGUGUGUGUGUAUAUUAUAGUUAUAGGCUAAAUACAUGUUGACUUAUUUGAUGUUUAUAUUAUUUAAAUAUUAUUAUUAUACUUUAAGAAUGUCUAGGCCUAGCUAUCAUAUAUUAAUUUAAAUAUUAAUAGUGCAGUGUAAAUUAUUUAAAUUUAUGUCAUAAAAAAUGUCUUUUCUCUAUUUUAUUUUCUUCUCUUUCCACAGCUUAUCCAGUGGUUAAUAAAGGUUUUGAAAAAUCACCAACAAAAUCAACAUUGAUAUAUUGCCUCGUAGGUGAUAAGCUCAGGUAAGUUUAGUAGUUUUUAUUGUGCUGUAUAUAUAUUAACCAAUGAUUAAUAAUAUAUUAAAUUAAAAGUACAAUAUUAAAUUGAAGCAGUCUAGUUAAUUUAUCUAUAAAGCUAUGUUAAUAUUUUCAAUGAAUUUUUGUGUGUCCCUGCCCUGUACGUUAAAAAUAUUUUUAUUAAUGCAACUUUAAUUUUAGCUGGAGAGACCCUAAUAAUGAAUUUAGAACAGAUCCCCAGUUUUUUGUGAAGCGUGUACCAACACUCCUUAAGUUUGGCUCGGUAAGUCGAAGGCAUCGCUAUUUAGAUUUCACUAUUUCACAGCACAAACAUUGAUUUGUUAAUAUUUAAAUAUUAAUUAACUGAAUAUAGUGGAUAAAGGAAUAAUCCAUGGUUUUUACAUUGUUGUCCUAAAAGCUGCCUAAGUGUUGUAACAUUUUUGACUCUCUGUGUUUUUUUUUCAACAGCCUAAGAGAUUGGAAGAGGAAAAGUGCUGUAAAGAUGAUUUAGUUGAAAUGAUUUUUGAGGAAUGAGAUUAAGACUUAAAAUUUUAGUGGCUAGAAAUAUGUGUUCUUUUGAUUCAUUUAUGUAUUUUUGCUGAAGAAAAAAUUAUAUGUAAUGUUAUUCUUUUUGAAAAAAAAAUGUGACCGGUAUUAAAAAUGUUUAUGUGACCUUUCAAAUGUUUUAGAACCUUUAUACCCAAAGUGUUUUUUAAAAAUCCUUAUAAAUUGGAAUAAUACUAAUUUGUAAGCUUUUUAUAUUUUUAUUUAAGUAUCAAGUCAUAAUACGUUUUUAAUCGCAUUUAACUUUAAGAAAAUUAAUAUUAUUUACUUUACUUGACAUUAUUUAUAGUUGUGCAUAAAAUUUCAUUUAAAAGGUACCAGUAAAUAGUAAAUUAUACUACCCUGACUGAUUCCCCUCCUCUGACCGAUAAACGAUCUUGCUGGCUGCCGUCCAUGGUUUGCCUUGUAAAAGUUAUGUGGUGGGGUGGGUGAAUAUACAUUGCUGUUCUUCAUUUCAUAAAUGUAUUUUAUUUUAAUGUCAUGAUUAUGUCUCUUUUGAUAAAAUUUUUAUGUACAGCGCGGUGAGCCCAGCCCUAGGCUGGGGUACCGCGCUAUAAAAGACGUCUUAUUAUUAUUAUUAUUGAAAUUUGUUAGAAAAAGCUUGCUGCUGUUCUGCUCUUCAUAGCUAUAUAUCUUUUAAAACCAGUAUUGAAUAGUUUUGUAUCAAACUUAUAUUUUAUUUAAGAUGGUUUGAAUAUUAAGAUAUAACUUGAAAUUGAAAGAUAACAACUUACAUUAAGAGGUGAGAAAAAACUUAUUUUAGAAACUAGUGUUUGAGAGAUUUUUACAUGAGAAUGAUGUUUACUUGAAAGAUUUUAAAAAUAAAUUUAUGUUUACAUGGACAGAAAGUUUGAAUUACAUACAUUCAUUUACAAAAAUAAACAUUCAUCCCAUUCCGAAAGAAAAAUUGCUUGAAAUUUAUACCUUGUAAUGUCAUUCUUGAAAUAAAAGCCAUUUAUACCAAAUUUGAUGGGUAGUAAAUUAAGCUUUUUAUAUAAAAUUUGUUAAAUUUUCCGAGUUUCAUUUUUAAACAAAUGAAACAAAGCCUAAAAAGAAUCAGUGUUUUUUUUAUCAACCAAAUUGCUUAAUGUAGAUAUUUAGACUUUGCUGCCCUGGUUUUAACACCAGUCACUUUGUACUGACAACAAGUUAAUUUCAUUUUACUGUAUGGUGUUCUAUAACAUAAUCCCUCACCAUUUAUCUGAGGAGUUCAAAUAAGAAAUUCAUCAGUUUAGAUCAUAUAUUCAAGACAAUUAUGGAAUACUAUACAAGAAAUAAAACUUUAAACUCUAUAGCCUAUAAUUAUAUAUAUACUUAUACUCUAUCUUGAUUCUAUGCUUCUGCACGAUCAUGAUUUAAACAUCAUAUGCUUAAAAAUUGGUUAUGAAAUGUUAUUGGGAUUAUUCUUUAAUAAUAUAAUAGUAAUUUUAAUAUAAAAAUUUUUAAAUUAUAAAAUUAAUGUUAACACUGUUAAAAAAUUAUUUAAAAAAUAAAAAGAUUGUUAUAUAAUAUAUUUUAUCUCUUUAAAUAUUAAUAUAUUUUGCUUCUGGUGUGUCCUGCUUCCUUUUCACUACCGGCCCUCUCCUUACUCAACAUAUUAAAAACUCGUUUCUUCAAAAAAUAUUUUGAUAAUUUUCAAAAUGAAUAAUUUGGGUGUUGAUGCUAAUCAUGUUUUUCAUGCACAAAAUUUGACCAUUGGCCAUCAUCAUACAUAUCUCCCUAGGUUAUACAAUUGGUCUCGCAUCUAUUUCUUGCUGAAAUUUUAUGUUUU